CGCCUGGGCACUCUCCCGUUCCCAUUAUUAAGCUCCCCGACGCCUGGGUCGAGUCAUUUGUCGACCCUGUCCUGUCCUGUCCUGCCCUGCCCAAGCCUACUUGUCUACCUACUACCUGCCUGCCUACCAACUAAGCCCGGCCCGCAUUAUCGUCUGUGUGCUCGUUUAUAUAUCCCGGGCCAGGGCCACCACCUUCUUGCGUGCCCUGCCGCCGCCCUUUGAUCCCGCGUCAUUCAUAUACAUGACAACACCAGCCUGUGCUUUGCCUCGUGGUUUCUCAUACACGCCUCAUACCUCGUAGUCACCACGACCCGACGCACUCACACGCCUCCACACCGUCUAGUGUCACCUCACUUUCCGUCGUCAUCCUGUGUCACCCUCACUCACAGCACGCCCGUACCCUGACGCACGACUCCUCCUCCCCCCCGAAACAACAUCGUACACGCACGCUCACACAAACCCAACCCGCCAUGGGAUCACAUAAUUUGCCUUCGCCGCCGGCGGAGGAGGGCAAGCAGAGCAGAAAGAGCUCGUCAACGUCCGGCGGCAGCAGCAGCAGCAGCAAAACCAAGCCGUCCAACCGGGCCUCCAAGCGCGCCAACUCGGGCGUCGCCGCCGCUCACCACCACGACCACGUCACCCACGCCGCCGGCAUGGACGGCCGACACAAGCGCGUAUGGAAGGCCUGCGAGCGGUGUAGAAUGAAGAAGACCAAGGUACGCACCAGCUAUCAAGAGUCGGGGGAGACGGCGGCGUCGGUGUGUGUGUGUCGCUAACAGGGCCGGCAGUGCGACGGCGAGUUUCCGUGUAAGCGAUGCAAGGACGACGGCGUCGUCUGCACGGCGGGUGUCCGCAAAAAGGUCGAGUACAAGCAAUUGCCCAAGGGGUAUGUUUUUCUCUCUUUGACCACGAGGGCUUUUUCGUUGACAACCAUGGUCACAGCUACGCCGAGGUGCUCGAAAACACGCAGUUCGCCCUCAUCGCCACCGUCCACAAGCUCUACUCCAUGGUCCGCAGCGCGCAGCCCUGGACCCUGGGCGAGCCCGAGCUCAACGAGCGCGGCCAGCCCGUGAUCCACAACAUCGCCCAGAAGCUCGGCUGCAUCCGCCCCAACAGCGACAUCGACCUGCCGGUGCACUCCGUCUUCCCCGAGGACGAGGCCGGCAUGGUGGAGCUGGCCCGCCAGCUCGAGGAGCAGCAGCAGAGCCAGCCGCCGCAAGCCACCUCGCAGCAGCAGCAGGACCGCCACGACCGCGCCUCGUCGUCCGAGUUUGAGCACUCGGACAGCGAACACGAGUACCGCUUCGGAGGUCUCGCGCAAAACUACCGCAGCGAGGCGUUUGGCCGUCACGGCGCCAGCAGCAGCCUCACCAUGUCGCCGCACUCGGCCGGCACGACGGUCACCGACUACGAGCUCAGCCCGACGACCGACAUUGACUCGGGCGCCUUUUUCCCGUCGCAGCAGCAGCAGCAGCAACAACAGCAACAACAACAACAAGGUUUCCAGGGCUGGUCCGGCCUGCCGCCCAGCAGCAAGCCCGGCGACCUGAGCUUCGGCCUUUUCCAGGGCGACCUACAGGGCCUCAAUGUCCUGAACGAGGGCCUCAUGGACGGCGGCGACUACGGCAUCAAGCCGGACAUCCUGUCGGUGCAGAACCACCCGGACGUCAUGAUGGGCAUCAACGACCCCAUGAUUUACGCGGGCUUUGACGGCGAGGCCAUGCGGUUGUAAGCGGUGGCGCGUUCGGCCGCCCUCUUUGUCACAUAACUCGAUUCGUGCACAUACGGUUUUUCUACACGGCUUUUGGUGAAGCCCCCCUCUCAUCAAGGCGGCUAAUAACGGGGGUUUCUCUUGGUAUUACACCUUUUUUGGGUUUCUUUUCGCGCGCGACGGUGGCGGCGGCCGGUUGGGAACUUCGGUCGGGCAUGGCCGGGGGCUGUGCCAUGAGGCGUUUCAGUGGGCGGGAGCUCGAUCCAUGGCACAUGAUUACUUGAGGGACUGGGACAUGACGCGCGGCAUACGAAUGGGUUUUUUUUUCCAUGUCCAAAGGGCCAGGCGUUUUGCAGAGAGGGAAUUGCCCGUG